AUGAAAUCCUUAAUCCUGUCGAUAUUGCUCGUACUGAUCGCAAUAGCCGGCUUGAUUUUGAACGGGUACAUUCUGAUUGUGAUUUUCUUGACAAAACAGCUGAAAUCCCCCAAUCACCUGCUGCUGGUCCAUUUGGCCUUCAUCGACAUAUCCUCCGCAUUGGCCUUUCUGGCCUUCUAUCUGCCGGGAAUAAACGGCAAGGAAUGGUCCCCGUCGGGAGAUGGUUGCCUCUUGUACGGUUUUCUCUUCGCCCUUCUUCAGCCGCUCGCGAUUUGGACGAUUUGCGGAUUGAAUUGCGAGCGAUUCUACGUGAUCGCCGUGCCGUUGCGUUAUAGCCGAAUCGUUACGUCCAAAAAGGUUUUGACUGGUCUGGGCGCCAUUUGGACUGUUUCGAUAUUGCUGAGUACUCCUCCGAUUUUCGCAAAUGUGGCCUUCUCGUUCACGCCGCGUUUGGGGAUAUGCGAAACGGAUUUUUUAUCCAAAUCGAGGACCUUGUGGUAUUCGACCGCGUACGUGGCCUUUACCCUGCUUUUGCCAGCCACUUUCAUCAUCGUUUGUAACGUAAAGAUUUUCAUAAUAGCGCGCUACCAACGCCACCGAAUAGCCUCGGCCAUCUACCAAGUAGCGAUAUCAGCCCAAGUGGCGAUCACCCACCAAAAGAACCCGUUCUCGUGGUCGUUCUCGCACCGCUACCCGUCCCACCAUCACCACCACCACCACCACCACCAUCCCGUCCAGAAGUUCCGCAGCGCCGCCUACACCACCCUGCAGUUCCUCGGCCCCUUCGUCGCCGUCUACGCGCCCCACUACUCCCUCGGCCUCGUCGACGCCGUGGCCGGCGAGCGCCGCCUCCUCGACGGCGCCGUCGCCGCCGCCUCGUCCGGCCUGCUGCUGGCCGCGGUGCCGCUCAACGGCCUCCUCUACGGCGUCAAGGACCGCGGGCUGCGCACCGCCUGGCGGAACUACUGCAGGAAGCGGCGCACGGCGCUCGAUCUGCACCAGGAGAUCCAGGCGAGGACGCCGUCGACGUGCGGCAGCCGGCGGCCUUCGGUGCUCGUCAAGCCGGAGCACCUCGUCGACGUCGUCCGGUGCUCCCCCAGGUCGAAUACCUUGCAGGUGCCUAGUGGGAAUAAUCGAGGGGUGUCGCUGGUUACCGAAGACGAGCUGUGCAGGAAGUUGAAUGUGGCUAGGAAGAGUGGCGGCUUCUUCGGCGAGUUUUUUCGGUGUGAGGAGGAGCCCGGGGGUGCUGUAGGGGAUGAUUGUAUUCCGUUGGCGGGCGGGAGAAGGGAUAAGUCGCCGAAAAUCCUGCUGACUCAGGCGAGUACCUGCAGGAGCGAUUCAAGUUUGGCGGAUACCGGUUUUGGUGGAGAGGAAAGCGGCACGUUUCAGCCGCUGUUGUACGGGGAUGAGAGGGAUAGCGAUAAAGAAGGGAGCGAUGUGAAUUAG